GCUCUACAUACGAGUCCAGACUUUAGCCACACGGAAAGGCAACGGGGUCGCCAGCGCCGCCAACGUCAAAUGAUUGACAUGUAAACGAGUUGCACAUGAAAUUUACUACACUGUGAUAGACGAAGUAUACGAGCAGACAUCCAAUUGGAGUCUGCCCCAACAACUGCGAUUCAAUUUAAUUGAAUUUCAAUAAGAAUUAAGUAAACACUGAGAGAAGAGAAAAGGCGACAAACUGUCGACGCUAUCCAUACGAAACUUUUCGGCAAGCAUGCUGAACAAUCUUGGGGCCAAUGUGCUGGGCCCCAAGGAUUGUGAUCUACCCAAGGCAGCAAUCACAGCUCUGCACGCGGGCGUCAACAGCUUCGGCCAACUGCCCGUGCCACCAAACAUCGCUGAUUUAGGUGGCGGUGGUGCUGGACCUGGCGGUGGAGGUGGACCAGGUGGCGGAGGAGGAGGAGCAGCAAGUUUGGGCGGCGUUGCGCGGCUGCAUGUGACAGGCGGACUGUGCGAUAAUAGCAAUGCCCUAAAUGGUGCAAGCAACCACAACAACAACAACAACAACAACAAUAACAAUAGCAACAACAACAACAAUAGCAACAACAACAAUAUGCAACAACAGGAUCAGCACCUGGAUAAAAACAAACAGAAGCGACAUCGCACACGUUUCACACCUGCUCAAUUAAAUGAGCUGGAGCGCUGCUUCUCCAAGACCCACUAUCCGGACAUCUUCAUGCGCGAGGAGAUUGCCAUGCGUAUUGGCCUAACCGAGUCGCGUGUCCAGGUCUGGUUCCAGAACCGUCGCGCCAAGUGGAAGAAGCGCAAGAAGACGACGAAUGUGUUCCGCACGCCAGGCGCUCUGCUGCCGUCGCACGGCCUGCCGCCGUUCGGGGCGAACAUCACAAACAUUGCCAUGAGCGAUGGCCUCUGCGGCACCGGGAUGUUCGGCGGGGAUCGCUGGAGCGUGGGCGUCAACCCCAUGACGGCAGGCUUUGGUCAGCUGAAUCAAACGACUUCGCUGAACAGCGGCCUCAAUUCGGGCAUAAACAUGGGCUCAGCUCUGGGUGCCGGCACCUAUCAGCACUAUGGCUUGAAUGCUUUGGGCGACUCGAUGAUGUAUCAGCAUGGUGUGGGCGGGGGGGUGAGCUGUGGGCCGGGCGGCUCCCCGAGCGCCACAACACCGCCCAACAUGAACAGCUGUUCGUCGGUGACGCCGCCGCCGCCGCUGGCAGCGCAGCCCAAUCAAAAUGAACUCAACAACGAGGCAAUGCCACUUCACCAACAGCAGCAGCAGCAGCAGCAGUCACACCAACCACAGCAACAACAGCAGCAGCAGCAACAGCAAGCACACCAACAGAGUCUCACACAUCAACAGCAGUCGGGUACACCAACACAGCAACAACAGCAGCAGCAGCAGCAGCAACAACAACAUCAACAACAGCAACAGCAGCAGCAACAACAACAGCAGCAGCAACAGCAACAGGAUAGCUCAAAUUUGCUGCCGCACUGCCAUCAGGCCAUGCAGUCGCCAGAUGGCGCCACCGACGAGGAUGUUUGGCGUGGUCACAGCAUUGCAGCGCUGCGGCGGCGCGCAUCGGAACUAAAUGCAACGGCAAUACCCUCGUACUUACACCACGCAGCGGCCGCACACAACAACUACGAGCAUCAUAAUUCGGUCUACUGAAAUUUGUUGAAGAGCUUUGAAAGCUUUUCGGAUUACGGUUUUUCCAAUUGCGGCACGCACGACUUUUGAAGCGACUGUACGCACCCACACACCGACAGUUUGAGAGCCAAGCGAAAGAGUUUUCAAAGCCAAUUGUACAAUUUCGUUUUUGUGUUUUUGUUUUAAAU